AUGUCUGUAUCACGCCAAGACGAUGAAUCACUUACAAUACUACACGACGGAAACGACCAGAACGAUUACGACCACGAUGAUCAUGAAAAACCUACACCUCUACCAGUGUACCCUCUUCUUAGCUUGUAUUUGAUUCAAAUGGCCGAGCCCAUUACUGCUACAGUGAUAUACCCUUUCAUAAAUCAAUUCGUUCGAGAGACUGGGAUUACGGGGGGAGACGAAAAGAAGACGGGAUAUUAUGCUGGUAUCAUUGAAUCCGCAUUUUUCUUUGCAGAAAGCUUCACUGUUGUCCAGUGGGGCUAUAUAUCUGAUAAAUAUGGCCGCCGACCUAUCCUUCUUUGCGGUCCAAUAGGGCUCGCAGUGGCGAUGUUGAUUUUUGGCACAUCGACAACAUUCUGGCCACUGGUAGUCUCAAGGUGUCUUCAAGGAAUUUUUAACGGAAACAUAGGCGUCACGAAAAGUUCUAUAGCAGAGUUAACUGAUUCAACAAAUAGAGCCGACGCCUAUGCAUUCAUACCAAUGGUUUGGAGUGUUGGAUAUACCACAGGGCCAAUCAUUGGGGGCAUUCUUUCGAACCCAGCGACUCGUUGGCCAGAUACUCUGGGCCGUAUCGCUUAUCUUCGAACUCAUCCUUACUUCCUUCCAUGCCUUGUUGCAGCAUCUUUUGCAUUUGCAACCUUUAUCUUCGUGUGCUUUGCGCUGAAAGAGACUUUACCUUCUCUCGUAGGAAAGGAAAAGGUGCUGAAGCACCACAAACGUACCGCAGAUGACGCCAUAUCCGCCAAUGUCACCACAGAAUCGUCAUUACUCGAGCACGGAGAUCAUGUCAACUAUGGCACUGACGCAUCCGUUGACCAAUCUCAACAAGUCAGCAUUCGAGCAGCUAUUACCCGACCAAUUCUGAUGGUCCUGGUAAAUCAUAUCUUCUUAACCUUCCUCGAUAUGGCCAAUUUUACACUAGUUCCCCUGGUCUAUUCGACUCCGAUAUCGUACGGAGGUCUGGGACUUGAUCCAUUUAGGAUUGGCGUGAUUCUAGGUACCUUUGGCCUUGUCAAUUCAUUUGUGCAGGCCAAUUUACUGGGACGGUCAAUCAAGAAAUGUGGUGCGCGCCGACUCUACAAGGCUACCUUUUCAUGCCUUCUCGGAUGCUUUACCAUGUACCCGAUAUUGCAUUUUUUUGCCCAAAGGUCAGGGAGAGUGGACGGCUUCGUCAUUGCUUCGAUUGUUAUCCAAUUGGGUUUCCAGAGCAUGAUCUAUAUGGCAUAUGGUUCUCUCCAGGUCAUUCUCGUCGAGUGUGUCCCCGAGGGUGGGCCUAUGGGCACUGUCAAUGGCGUCGCUCAGAUGCUUGGGUCCGGCAUGAGAUCGCUUGCGCCGACAUUCGCGUCCUCCCUCUUCUCGAUUUCCCUUCAGCGCAAGCUGGCAGGGGAAAACAUGGUUUUCUAUAUUUUAAUGGCCCUCACGCUAACCGCCAUGCGUGCAUCAAAACUCCUUCCCGAUACUAGCAAACCUAGGCGCACCCGAAGCCCGCGGAACUCGCGUGCACCAUCGACGACCCCAGCACAACAAAAAAACAUGACGCAUACCGGGGAAGUCUUGUAG